CGGGUGAAGAGUCCAGAGAAGAUGCUGAGAGGAGGCAAAGCAAGGUACCAAGAAGAGGAGGCCAGGCUGGAGUCCUUUGAGCACUGGCCAUUUUAUGCCCAUGGGACAUCACCACGUGUACUGUCAGCAGCUGGCUUUUUCUUUACAGGUAAGAGGGACACUGUGCAGUGUUUGUCCUGUGGUGGAUGCUUGGGAAACUGGGAAGAAGGAGAUGAUCCCUGGAAGGAGCAUGCCAAGUGGUUCCCCAAAUGUGAAUUUCUUCAAAGUAAGAAAUCCUCAGAGGAAAUUGCCCAGUAUAUUCAAGGCUAUGAGGGAUUUGUUCACCUAAAGGGAGAACAUUUUGUGAAUUCCUGGGUCAGAAGAGAAUUAUCUAUGGUAUCAGCUUACUGCAAUGACAGUGUCUUUGCUAAUGAAGAACUAAGGAUGGACACGUUUAAGGACUGGCCCCAAGAAUCACCUGUGGCUGUUAAAGCUCUGGUCAAAGCAGGCCUUUUCUACACAGGCACAAAGGACAUCGUCCGGUGUUUUUCCUGUGGAGGAUGUAUGGAGAAGUGGGCGGAAGGGGAUGACCCAAUGGAAGAUCACACCAAGUUUUUUCCCAACUGUGUAUUUCUUCAAACCCUGAAGUCCUCUGCAGAAGUGAGUCCAGCCCUUCAGAGCCACUGUGCACUUCCAGAAGCCAAGGAAACCACAAGUGAAAGCAACCAUGAGGAUCCAGUAGCAGUUCAUUCUACUGUGGCGGACUUGUCUCCAAGCGAAGCUCAGUGGUUUCAAGAGGCCAGGAGUCUGAGUGAGCAGCUGAGAGGCGCCUACACAAAAGCCACUUUCCGCCACAUGAACCUGCCAGAGGUGUGUUCGAGCCUCGGCACUGACCACUUGCUCAGCUGCGAUGUGUCCAUCAUUUCAAAGCACAUCAGCCGGCCAGUGCAAGGGGCCAUGACCAUCCCCGAGGUCUUCACCAAUCUCAGCUCUGUCACGUGUGUGGAAGGGGAAACUGGCAGUGGAAAGACAACCUUCCUGAAGAGAAUAGCUUUUCUCUGGGCAUCAGGAUGCUGUCCCCUGUUGAACAGGUUCCAGCUGGUCUUCUACCUCUCCCUUAGUUCUAUCAGACCAGACCAGGAACUGGCCAACAUCAUCUGUGGCCAACUCUUAGAGGCAGGAGGAAGCAUUAGUGAAGUGUGCCUGAGCAGCAGCAUCCAGCAGUUACAACACCAGGUGCUGUUCCUGUUGGAUGACUUCAGAGGGCUGACCUCACUCCCCCAAGCCCUGGACACACUGAUUACAAAGAACUACUUGUCACGGACCUGCUUAUUGAUUGCUGUGCAUACAAACAGGGUCAGGGACAUCCGCCCAUACCUAGAUACAAGUCUGGAGAUCAAAGAGUUUCCCUUCUAUAAUACUAUCUCUGUGUUACGAAAAAUUUUCUCCCAUAAUAUAACACGUCUGCUAGAGUUUAUGAUUUAUUUUGGAAUGAAUGAAGAUUUACAGGGAAUCCACAAGACUCCCCUCUUUGUGGCAGCAGUCUGUACUGAGUGGAUUCAAAAUCCAUCUGACCAGCCCUUUCAGGAUGUGACACUUUUCAAGUCCUACAUGCAAUACCUGUCCUUAAAGCACAAAGUGACAGCUGAGCCUUUCCAGGCCACUGUGUCCUCAUGUGGGCAGCUGGCCUUGACAGGGCUUUUCUCUUUGUGCUUUGAGUUCAACAGUGAUGACCUGGCAGAGGCAGGAGUUGAUGAAGACGAGGAGCUCACCACCUACUUCAUGAGCAAAUUCACUGCCCAGAGACUGAGACCCGUUUACCGGUUUUUAAGUCCUCUGUUCCAAGAGUUUCUUGCUGCCGUGAGGCUGACUGAACUCCUGGGUUCAGAUAGGCAGGAAGACCAAAGCCUGGGACUCUAUUAUUUGAGGCAAAUUAACUCACCCUUGAAGGCUAUGACCACCUACAACAAUUUUUUGAAGUAUAUCUCCAGACAUCCUUCAUCAAAGGCAGGACCACCGGUUGUAUCUCAUUUGCUUCAGUUGGUGGAUAAGAAAGACUUGCUGGAUACCAUGUCUGAAAUUGAGGAAUAUGUAAAUAACCCUCCAGAAACUUCCCGGAUAACACAGGCAAUUAAGGAACUGUGGCAGGUAUCUCCUGAAUCUUUCUCUUCAUUAGUUUCAGAAAAAUUAUUGAGCAUUGCUCUAUACUUUGCUUAUGAAAGCAACACGGUUGAUGGAUGCUCUCCAUUGAUUUUGCAAUUCCUUCGAGGGAGAACACUGGCUUUGAAAGUACUGAAUUUACAGUACUUUUGGGACCACCCAGAAAGCCUGUUGCUUUUGAAAAGUAUAGAAGUCUCCAUAAAUGGAAAUAAAAUGCCAACUGCUGUAGAUUACUCAGUCAUGGAAAAAUGUUAUGAAACAUUACAGCCACCAACUAUAGAUCAAGACUAUGCACCUGCCUUUGAAAAAAUGAAGGAAUGGGCAAAAAAUUUGUCUAAAAAUGAAGAGAACAUAAGGAGUUUUAUGAAAAACCAACCCCUGGAUCCACCCAAAGUAAGCUCUGGCUAUUGGAAACUGUCCCCCAAGCCGUACAAGAUUCCUAGACUGGAAGUUGGCGUGGCCUACAUGGGUCCAGCAGACCAAGCUCUGCUCCAGGUCCUAAUGGAAGUCUUCUCAGCUUCAGAGAGUAUUGAGUUCCAUUUAUUCAACAGCAGUGGCUUUCUUGAAAGUGUCCGCCCAGCUCUGGAGCUGAAUAAGACCUCUGUCACCAAGUGCUCCAUGUCCAAGAUGGAGCUCAGCAGAGCAGAACAGGAGCUGCUUCUCAGCCUGCCUGCCCUGCAGUCUCUUGAGGUCUCAGGGACAAACCAGUUACCAGAUCAGCUCUUCCCUAACUUGGACAAGUUCCUGGGCCUGAAAGAACUGUGUGUGAGACUAGAUGGCAAACAGGAUGUGCUCUCAGUGCUUCCUGGAGAGUUCCCAAGCCUCCCUCACAUGGAGAAGUUAUCCAUCCAAACCUCCACGAAGUCUGACCUCUCCAAACUAGUUAAAUUGAUUCAGAAUUCUCCAAAUCUCCAUGUUUUCCAUCUGAAAUGUGAUUUCCUUUUGAAUUGUGAUUCUCUUAUGGCUGUGCUUGCUUCCUGCAAGAAACUCAGAGAGAUCGAAUUUUCUGGACAAUGCUUUAAAGCCAUGCCCUUUGUCAACAUUUUGACAAAUUUUGUUUCUCUGAAGAUACUGAAUCUUAAAGAUCAACAUUUCCCAGAUAAAGAAACAUCAGAAAAGUUUGCCCAGGCUCUGGGUUCUCUCAGGAACCUGGAGGAACUACUCCUUCCCACUGGGGAUGGGAUUCACCAAGUGGCUAAACUGAUUAUCCAGCAGUGCCUGCAGCUUCCAUGUCUCCGAGUUCUCGCCUUUCACUAUGUCUUGGAUGAUGACAGUGUGAUUGAAAUUGCCAGGGUGGCAGCCAGAGGAGGUUUCCAGAAACUCGAGAACUUAGAUCUUUCCAUGAAUCACAAGAUUACCGAGGAAGGAUACAGAAAUUUCUUUCAAGCCCUAGACAAUCUGCCAAACUUGAAAGAGCUGAACAUCUGCAGGCAUAUCCCAGAAUGCAUUCAAGUUCAGGCCACCACUGUCAAGGCUCUGGGUCAGUGUGUAUCCCGACUGCCCAGCCUCACCAGGCUGCAUAUGCUCAGUUGGCUCCUGGAUGAAGAAGACAUUAAAGUGAUUAAUGAUGUGAAGGAAAGACACCCUCAGUCAAAACGCUUGCUUAUCUUCUGGAAAUGGAUAGUCCCAUUCUCUCCCAUUGUACUGGAGUAAAGGAUGUAGCUGAAGGCUACUGACAGUUCUGAAUACCUGAUUUCCUAAAACACCUUAGUUUAGCUGGGCAUGGUGGUAUACACCUGUAGUUUAGGCAUUUAGAUUACUGAGGUACAAGAAUCAAGAAGUUCAGACCAGAUCCUGUUUCACAGCUAAAGAAAUAAUUAGCCAUCCUAUUAAAGAAUAUUUAUUAACUGUGUAGAUUGCUAAUAUUUAAAAAGCCUGCAUGCCCACCAUUGAAUUUAGGAGGUAUAUUGAAUAGUACCUUGGCAGUCCUUAUAUGGUCCUCCUGUCUAAAGACUAGAGCUUCAGCUUUUGUUCAUAUAGACAACCAUUCAUUGUCAAGGUCAACAGGAAGGGUCUGGGAAAAGAAGAUUGAUCUAUAUAGAAGCCACAACAGGGAAGCAGUGUUUGAUAGAUGCUGGGGUAGUGCAAGAGGAUCAGCCAAACAGCUUUAGAAUUCAUUGAACUCAGCCCCUCAGUUAGCACAAUCACAUGGGUGUGCCUCAGAGAGUCACACCCAUGACUGUCAUAGAGUUUAUGCUGUCAUAGAGUUUUGCUCUGUUUGCUGCCCUCACACUGCAUCCCUCAUAAUCUAUGAGUUGUAAGAAAAAUCUAAGGGGGCAUCACUGUUGGAAAGAACUUAGCAAUGUAGAUUGUUAGAAAUGACCAUCAGUCUUAGGAAGAAUUUCGGGAAGAAGAUUGUUUGUAAAGUUAGUUAAAAUGUUUUUGUUAAUGGCUGUGAUGUUGAAAAUCUUAUAAAGCAAAUUGAAGUUCAGAAAAGCACACUUUUGAUUAUUAAUCAAGGGAUGUGUUCAAGGUCAGGGAACAAGAACAAUGUUAGGUCACCUAGCACUGGCUGAUGUGACUUUGUUGCUGAAGCUGGGAUGAUGAUCCAGGUGAUAAUUAAUUUCUUGUACCCAUUUUGCCUUCAGCUUCCUGAUAUGAUUUAAUAAAAAAUUGCUUGUGAGUAGAGAAUUCAAAGUAGAAGUGUCUGAUUGUUUUUUAUAUAAAGGUUUAGAUUUAUGAUUCUUUUAAGAUUUUAUGAGAUUACUUUUAAAGAUAAAUAUUAAAAUAAUCUAUUCUCUCUAUGUAACCACAAAUUGUAGCCUGGCUGAGAAUAUUACCCUGCUUGCUUAUGUUUUGUUAAUCGAUAGCAAGUUGCUUAGUUGGUAAUGCAUGUGGGCUCUUGGGAAUAAUUGUUCUUUCAUUUGUAAUAUGUAAAAUGUUUAUUCAUGUGAUGUUAUUGGAAAACAUGUUUUUUCUUAUAUACAGUCAUUGUAAUAAUUCACAAGAAAAAUAGAAUGUAGUCACCUUGUAAUUUCGAUACUGCUUGAAAGAAUUGGGGGGAUAUAUAAGUUGUGGGAGAAAAAAAUAAAGAUGUUGCUUGCUCAUGCGAGACCAGA